AUCGGUAGCAGAAACAUCAUCAUCAUUUUGGGUAAAAGCUACGGAAAUAACGAGAGUGUUUUGAAAUAAAUAUGGGUACUCCGGGAAAUUGGCUACAGGUUAUUGUAGACGGAAAUGAAAAACCUCAGUUAACCACUUUACCAUCAUGUAUGACUGUCAGCGACAUCAAAUCAGACAAUUAUGUUAGAUUAAUAGCCACUGAUAUAACAUUAGAUGAGGAACCACCAGCAGCUAAACUAAAAGUAUUUCGAGGUAUUGAUUUGGAAUCCGAACAUGAAUUAAAGGGCAUACCAGCAGCUAUAGAAAGUUUAUACAUAGAUGAAUCGGAACCGAAAACACCGAUUUUGGCUGUGGCUAUCAGUGAAUCGGUGUUAUUCUAUCGUCAUAUGAAACCUUAUUUCAAAUACACUUUACCCGAAUUAGAGGUUUUGGAGGAAGAAAAGGAAAUAUGGCGUAAAUUAAAUAUAGUAAGAACGGAUGAUCAAGAAGCUCUUAUAGAGGAACUUAAAGCUAUGGAACGUCCUAAACUCACUAGGAAAUCGCAGCAUUUGCUAAAUCUAAUGCCCCAAGACAGGGAUAGAUUUAUACGAGAACAAGGAGAAAACAAUUUAAUACGUUAUCCAUCUGCCGUUGCCCUUAAAUGUCUAGCCCGUGUUUCGAGUGGCGUUUCACAACCUCCCUCACAUUUAGUAAUUGCCACCGAUACUGGUGAGAUUUUAAUACUAGAACCUCAAAGUUUUGGCCUAUUAUAUCGAGCAAGGGCUUGUCCCGAAAUAACUCCUAGCAUGUUGGCUGUCAAUGGUUGUUUUGAAACAGACUUCUGUAUUGCUAUAGCCACACGUUAUGGCUCGGUUUAUCUGUUACGCAAAACAGCCAACGAAGGUCAAGAAAUAUUUAAGUUAUCCUAUCCUUUAACUGGCUUAGUUCUACUGCCCAUUGAUCAAACCAUAGUAGUGUCAUCGAUGGAUAAGAAAUUACUUUGCUAUUCGAAAAAGGGUAAACAAUUGUAUAUGGUACGUUUGGAGGAACAACCCAUUUGUAUGAGCAUGGUGAAUUUAACUCAUUUGGGUUUAACUCUAAUUUGUGUGGCUUUACAAGGCGGACUCGUGCAAUUUUAUAUGCAAAAAUAUUUAGUGGAUGAAUUUCAAAUUUGUGGCACUGUCAGUUCCAUGAUAUUUGGCUAUUUGGGUUUGGAAGAACAUGUUCUUUGCUUGACAACUAUUGAAGGAGAUUUGGUGAUUAAAAUACUAAAGAGAACAGCAUCAUUUGAACCAAAUCAAAAGUUAUCCGGACGUGGCAUGCCGCAUGUCUCAGAUAUGGUACAAAAUGCAGUUUUGGAAAAACCCAAAAAGAGUUCUAUUUUUGUAGAACAAGUGGCUCGAGAAAAACAGAAUGCUAAAUCCACUUAUGGUAGCUUUCAAGUGGAAUUAUGGCGUUUAAGACAUACUGCUGCUAGAGCCACAGUUGAUGCUUUAAAUUCUUCCGAACGCACUAUAUCGGGUGACAUAACUCAUGCUCCUGUCAAACUUUCAGCUGAAGUUUGUGGUGUCGGUCCGGUCUUUCGUUUGUACUUAACCAUACAAAACUUAUCAACAUACAAAAUGGCUUCGAAUUUAGUAGUUUUACUUCAUGCCGACAGACGCCAUUAUACUAUACAAAAAUCUAUGGCCAAGCUUCCCAGUAUAUUACCUGGAGUACCAUUGAAGAUUGAUUUUGAAGUAGUGGCCGUUUUGGAUAUUAACGACAAAUUACCACCGCAUACUCUAACACCAGAUAACUCACACAUACGUGUAAUGAUAAUGAAAAUUCAACAAACAAAACCAUUAAUAGCAGCCGUCAUAGCAAUGCCACAAUCAGAAGCUAAUUUCUAA